GGACCAUGGACACGGACAACCAAGUGCGUGACUAUACCCAUAUCCGAAUUAUACAUACAUACACAUCAACUAACCCCCCCUACCCCACUAGGCCACAGCGGACCCAUGGUUCCUCAGCGCCAUCAGCACACUCAACGACCUGAGCAACUACAUCGGCGUCGGCACCGUUUCGCUGACAUUAUCCUCAAUGGCGGGGCCGGGCCCCACCGCGCCCGACGACUGGCACUGGCUUGAGCUCCCCGCACAGAAGCCGCGGCGCAUCGAGGGCGUCGCCUACGAUCUGUACAUGCUCGCCACGCUGCACCUCGUGCGCUGCACUUACCGCAUGUUCUCCACCGCCCCGGAGGUUUUCGCUCGACCAGCGCUGCCCGCGCUGCCGCGCACGCCGAAUGCGCUCGUCCGCGUGUACGUCCUCCCCGUGGAUGUGGCCCAGGACCUCGUCUCCAGGAGGAAUAGGAAUGUGCGGAAGUACAUGCGCAGCAUGCUGGAGGAGGUGGAUGUGGCGGCGGAGAUGUGGGAGGGAGAGGGAGAGGGAGAGGGAGAGGGAGAGGUCGUACGAGCAGCCUGGCGAGGCGAAAAAACUCCGCUGCUGACGAAGGUUAAGGAGUUGCCGCCGAUGCCUGGGCUGCAUCCAAGAUUGACGAUUAUGGAGGCCCCGACUGGGGAGGUCUAUUACCUCGACCUGAAGACGUGUGAGCUGUUUGAGCAGCCGGUGUAUGAGGGUGAUAGUCACGCUGGGAAAGUCAAGGAGGCGGAGGAGAAGGAGGAGAUGGAUACGGCAAAAACACAGCCGGCAGCACCGCUCGUGGAAGGACUCGGCGCCGCCCAGAGAUCCAAGCCCGCCGAUACCCCGGCCGUCGGGACGAAGAGGCGGGCUACGCCCGUCGGAGAUGACGUGGAAAUGGUGGAUCUACCGAAAAGGGCGAAGACUGUUGAGUCCGGUUAGGGUCGCGUGGGCUGGGCUGGGCGUUUGGGUGUCCUGUUGGAGUUUUGUUUCGUUCAAUGGUUUAAGACGGAUAUAUCUGGGAGCUUGUAUGUAUGUAGUGGGUUCCUCUCGCGACGCUUUAGCGGGUUACAACCG